AUGUGUUCUCUCCCCGCCUCCAGGUUGGAUCCCUCCGCGCGCCGGGGACACGCAAACUCCCUGCGCGCCGGUAGGCACCGGGCCGACGAGGGGCGGGGACAAGCGAAAACGACAGGCGAGACAGCCAAUGGAGACGCAGGAUCGGCCGGCGGCCAUCUGGCGUCCCAAUGGACGCCGCCGAGGGCCUGGCCGAGUGGAGGAAGCGAGGGGGCGACAAAGGGCCUUGUCGUGGUUGACGAGAUCAUCGGGGUGCGAGCCGCGCGGCCCGGUGGCGCCGGUACCGUCUUCGGAACGAUCAUCUCCAGGCGCUUCCCCGCCAACGUCACCUACGAGGACGAGGAGAUAGCCGUGACUUUGCUCUGCGCGCGCUUCCUCUUCCCUUGUCCCCGUCCCCCUUGCCCCCGCGCUCGCAGGCACUCUGAGCCGAGGACCGGCGUUGCGCGGUGCCCGGCAGCGCGGCAGGGCGGCUUGGCGGCGUUGCGGCGGGUGACCCUCCAAUUGCGUUUUAACGGUUUGCUCUUCCUCCGGGGCCUUGUGUUCCUCAAUCUUUCACCCCAAGCUCUGAAGCGUUUCCUAGUCAUGCCUAAGGAGCCAAUUAUCAGGUGGCCUGAAGCAGAAGAUUGUGGUGAAUCUCUUCUUGGGCAUUUAAUGAUUGUUGGCAAGGAGCGUGCUGCUCACCUGGGCCUGACCAAUGGAUUCCGGAGGGUUGUGAACGAAGGGCCGGAGGAUGGCCAGUCUGUGUAUCACGUACGUCUACGUCAGUUGGGCUGGCCACCUGGCUAAGAGUUUUUCACCGCAGGAGUUGCUGCACAUGUACACGUCGCCACUGCAUGGAUUUCGACUGUUGCCCAUCAAUCUAGCCUCUGUCGAUGUCUGAUUUUUCUGUGACGUGUGUCUGUGGAAGGUAAUAAAGCUUUGAGCAGCAGUUGCACAAUAAAGAUCGAGCAUGGGGAUAUCA